CAUCUUGGCUUCUCUAGGAGUGUUCCCGGAUCAGAGGCCGCGGAUCGCUGGGUCGUGGCCGAAGCGAAGCGGCCGAGAAGGCGCGAGGAGAGUCGUUGUCUCCGCUGCACAGAAGCGUCUGACGCUCGGCAUCGUCCCCCAGAGUGACCCGCGCCAGGCCCGGGAUAGGGACCGCCGUGCCUACGUACUUGCUGCGCCCACAGACCGAUGGCAGUGGCUGCGGUCAGGGACCCGGCUCAGAGACUGUGCGAAGGAAGAGCAGAGUGGAAGGGACGAUGAGGACAUUGAGGCACUGGGAGGUUGCAUCUUCUUUAAGUCCUACAGUUGGUAAAGGGUGACAGUGAACACUGAAGCAGGCAGGGCACUGUGACCUUUGAAGAUGUGGCUGUGUGCUUCUCCUGGGAGGAAUGGGGUCUCCUUGAUGAGGCUCAAAGAUGCCUGUACCGUGAUGUGAUGCUGGAGAACUUGGCUCUUGUAACCUCUCUGGAUGUUUAUCAACACCAGAAGCAGCACUUUGGAGAGAAACACUUCAGAAGCAGUGUGGGCAGAACAUUGUUUGUGAAGACCUGCACAUUUCAUGUGUCAGGGGAGCCCUUUACUUGCAGGGAAGUUGGGAAGGACUUCUUGGCCAAGUUGGGAUUUGUCCAUCAACAGGCCACUCACACUGGGGAGCAGUCAAAUAGCAUAAGCAAUUGUGGGGCUGUCAGUCACAGUGAAAAAAUUCAUCACAACUAUGAAGAAUAUACAAAAGCAAUCAGCCGAAAACACAAACUUGUUCAGCAGCGGAGAACCCUCACUACAGAAAGAUGUUACAUGUGCAGUGAAUGCGGGAAAUCCUUUAGCAAAAGCUACAGCCUCAAUGACCAUUGGAGAGUUCAUACCGGAGAAAAGCCUUAUGAGUGUCGGGAAUGUGGGAAAUCCUUUAGGCAAAGCUCUAGCCUCAUUCAGCACCGGAGAGUUCAUACUGGAGUACGACCUCAUGAAUGUGAUGAAUGUGGAAAAUUAUUCAGCAACAAGUCCAACCUCAUUAAACAUUGGAGAGUUCACACUGGAGAAAGGCCAUAUGAGUGCAGUGAAUGUGGGAAGUCCUUUAGUGAAAGCUCUGCACUCCUUCAACACCAGAGUGUUCACACUGGAGAGAGGCCUUAUGAGUGCAGUGAAUGUGGGAAAUUCUUUACAUACCAUUCCAGUCUUAUAAAGCACCAGAAAGUUCAUAGUGGAUCAAGGCCUUAUGAGUGUAGUGAAUGUGGGAAGUCAUUUAGCCAAAACUCCAGCCUCAUUGAACACCGUAGGGUUCAUACUGGAGAAAGACCUUAUAAUUGCAGUGAAUGUGGGAAAUCCUUUAGCCAAAGCUCUGCGCUUCUUCAACAUCGGAGAGUUCAUACCGGAGAAAGGCCUUAUGAGUGCAGUGAAUGUGGGAAAUUCUUUACCUACAGCUCCAGUCUCCAGAAACACCAAAGAGUUCACACUGGAUCAAGGCCUUAUGAAUGCAGUGAAUGUGGGAAAUCCUUUACUCAAAACUCCAGCCUCAUUAAGCACAGGAGGGUUCACACUGGGGAAAGACCUUAUGAGUGCGCUGAAUGUGGGAAAUACUUUAGCCAUAACUCUAGCCUCAUUAAACACCGGAAGAUUCAUAGUCGAUAAAGUCCUUAUGAGUGGCAAAUGUGGAAAAUUAGCACAUUGUAGAAAGUCCUGUGAAUGCAGUGAAUGUGAGUAAGCAUUCAGUCAAAGGACUUAUCUCAUUGGAUACCACAAAGUUUACAUGGGAAGAACACCUUCGAUAUCCAGGGAUGUGCUGUUUGUUUGUUCAGUAUAACAACUCUGAAGGAAACCCUUAUGUGAUGGUGCCCUCUGCUUGAAUUGAACCUCAUACAUUGAACAGCCACAUAAAUUCCAGGUAUGUGGGAGCUGCAUUGUACAUUUUACCCUACUGGGGGCUCUUGGUGGAUUGAUGUCAUUGCUAGUUUUGUAGCAGAAGCCAUUUUGCCUCUACCAGCUGGCAGGUGCUCACUAUAUGCGCCUGAGUUCACCUAUGCCAUUGUAUGCAGGUAAGUAACCUUGGUGUUCUUUCACUCAUGGGAGGAAUUUGUAAAUAGCCUGAGCAUUUAUUAUAUUCCUUUCUCAUUUUUUUUUUCUCUCUGAUGAGUCAGGGAAUGGACCUGACCCAGUUUGACCCAGAGGACUCUCCUGUUGACAUGAAAAGAUGGACUACCUAUUUCAGAUACUGUUGAUCUUAGAUGACAAUUUUGAUGGAAUUUUCCAGCCUCCAAAUCAUCAACUGUGUGAACUACCUGCCUUUCAUUGCCCUGGUUUGUAUGACAAUAAAGGCCUUAUUGUUUAAGCCACCAUUAA